GGGAGACGUCAGGCGCGUCCCCCGGGUCCGGCUCACGGUCCCUGCUCGCGGCGGCCGCUGGGGCUCCGCGGGGAGGGAGGCUGGGCUCGAGGAGGGCCCGAGGCCGGGGCCGGGAUGCGCCGGGCGUUGCCUCCGGCCCGCCGCCACCGCCGCCGCCGUCAGGAGUCCCCGCGGAGCUGAGCGAGGAGCGGCCGAAGAGCUGGCCCGGAGCAGCAUCGGCCGCAGCUCCGGUGCCGGGCUAGGGCGCUUCCCAGGCCGCUGGCCCACCCCCGCGUGGGCGCCCCCGCUCCCGGCCCCGCGCCCGGCGCCGCGCCCGGGACCCAGAUGAGCGCCGAGGGCGGCCCGCCGGCCCCACUGCGCCGCGCGUGCAGCCCGGCCCCCGGCGCGCUCCAGGCCGCGCUGAUGAGCCCGCCGCCCGCGCCCGCCGCCGCCCUGGAGACCCCGGCCGCCUCGUCGGCGGCGGCGGCGGCGGCGGCCGCGUCCUGCGCCUCGGCCUCGGCCUCCUCGAGCUCCGCCGGCGCCGCCGCGACCGCCUGCAAGGGCGCGGGCGGGGGCGCGGGCGGCGGGACAGGGGUCGCCAAGAAGGCGAGCUCGGGGCUGCGGCGGCCCGAGAAGCCGCCCUACUCGUACAUCGCGCUCAUCGUCAUGGCCAUCCAGAGCUCGCCCAGCAAGCGCCUGACGCUCAGCGAGAUCUACCAGUUCCUGCAGGCGCGCUUCCCCUUCUUCCGCGGCGCCUACCAGGGCUGGAAGAACUCGGUGCGCCACAACCUCUCGCUCAACGAGUGCUUCAUCAAGCUGCCCAAGGGCCUCGGGCGGCCCGGCAAGGGCCACUACUGGACCAUCGACCCGGCCAGCGAGUUCAUGUUCGAGGAGGGCUCGUUCCGCCGCCGGCCGCGCGGCUUCAGGCGGAAGUGCCAGGCGCUCAAGCCCAUGUACCACCGCGUGGUCGGCGGCCUGGGCUUCGGGGCCUCGCUGCUGCCCCAGGGCUUCGACUUCCAGGCGCCGCCGUCGGCGCCGCUCGCCUGCCACGGCCAGGCCGGCUACGGCGCCCUCGACAUGAUGCCUGCGGGCUACGACGCGGGCGCGGGCGCCCCCGGCCACGCGCACCCGCACCACCACCACCACCACCACCACCACGUCCCGCACAUGUCGCCCAACCCGGGCUCCACCUACAUGGCCAGCUGCCCGGUCCCGCCCGGGCCCGGGGGCGUCGGCGCGGCCGCGGGGGGCGGCGGCGGCGGUGGCGGUAGCGGGGACUACGGGCCGGACAGCAGCAGCAGCCCCGUGCCCUCGUCCCCGGCCAUGGCGAGCGCCAUCGAGUGCCACUCGCCCUACACGAGCCCCGCGGCGCACUGGAGCUCGCCCGGCGCCUCGCCUUACCUCAAGCAGCCGCCAGCGCUGACGCCGAGCAGCAACCCCGCCGCCUCUGCGGGCCUGCACUCCAGCAUGUCCUCCUACUCCCUGGAGCAGAGCUACCUGCACCAGAACGCCCGCGAAGACCUCUCAGUGGGACUGCCUCGCUACCAACACCACUCCACCGCGGUGUGUGACAGAAAAGACUUCGUCCUCAAUUUUAAUGGCAUUUCUUCUUUCCAUCCGUCGGCCAGCGGUUCCUAUUAUCACCACCACCAUCACCAGAGUGUCUGCCAAGACAUCAAGCCCUGUGUCAUGUGAAUGGUCAGAGACAAAGCCAUGCUUCUCAGAUAGGAAUUCCGGCGGACGCCCCCGGAACUUGUAAUGUGCACACAGGUAGCAGUAAGUACCACACCUGUCACUUAGCCAAAGUGCCCAGCAGAGCAUCGUUUACUGACACUUUUCUACCAUCUCUGACAAGGAAGUGCCCACGGAGAACCGAAGUUCCUUAGUGGAGAUGGUAGCUGAGAAACGUAAACAUGUAACUCUGGGAUCUUCAUUGUCUUCAGUAAUCAGGGUCAGAAAGGAGCAGACAAGUUGUUGUUGUCAUUUUUUUGUUUGUUUGUUUGUUUGUUUUUUUGGUCUAUGAAAACUUGUGUGCUUUUUAAAAAGGCAGUGCUAAGCACAGAUUUCCAGAAAUUCUUAUCUUGUCGCCUAGCUAAGUAGGAGAGUUCUGUCUUGCCAAACCCUACAUUUGGAUACAGGUUCCAAGGAACAUGAUCAAGAAAGUAUUCAGAGGCAAUGUGUCUAGUUUAAGAAAGCGGUCUUCAGUGUUGCAACAAUACAACGUUUUUAUAAGGUUGUUUUCUACCACCAUAUUUUAAAAAUAUUUUUAUGACCUUUAUGUAUACUCACACUCUUGCUUGUAUUUUUUAAAAGGAGGAUAUAUUUGCACUUAUGUAUACUUUUACAGUUUGCCAAAAUAUUUUGAUGUAAAUUUUUUUUCAAUAAAAUGUAUAUAACAAAUAGUUGUUUUAGGGACAUAUUUCCUCCACGGACAUCCCGCUGUCCGCCAGGUUCUCUCUGCCACCCGCCAGUGAUGCAACCCUACACUGCUGUUUUGUUUCCCCCAAGUUGUAUAAUUGUCGUGGUGUGGGGUCUGUGCCUCGAGUAACACAGGCCAGGUUCCCAUUGUGGGGUUUCUCAGGGGAGAAAGAGAAGGAAAGUUUUCUGUUAUUUCUUUUUCUUCCCGCACCCUAGCUUUUCCCAGCUAAACAAAAACCAGAAGGUGAAAGGAACUUAAAAGAAAACCAGGCAAAGAAAGGCAAGAGUCGAUUGGAGGAGAGAGUUUUGUGCCCCCUUUGUUCUCUUGCCUGUGUCUUUCCUGUGUUUCUGCCCCUUCCCCACCAGGACGGUGACAGGUUAGGUGCAAGGCAGCGUGUUCCAAGAGUGGGUCCCCACUUCCCCCUUGCCAGGCACUCAGUGUUACACAGGCGGUUCAUCUGCUCCUUGUAAAGAGACCAGACUCAAAGGAUGCUGAACAGUUGUGGGCAUCUUUCAGGCUUCCUUGGAGAGCCACAUUUAACCUGCUUUCCCCAGAAGCAGGAUUUCACUUCCAUAAAGCACUCUGUGGCCGCUGUCUAUCCCCGUUUCUGAUUUGGAGUAUGGUCUGUCCUGUUUAGCAGCGUCCCCACCACCACCAAGCAUCCCUCCCUUAACCCUCAAGAAAGUCAUCCCUCUCUGCCUUUUAAUGAGGAAUUAAGGAUUUCCGCCGAGCGUUCCCUCAGACCCCUUUCUCGCUCCAUUUCCCAAGGCUUGAAUCAUUAGUGCUUAAGCCAGAGGAGUCACUCUGGGUUAAAGAGAGAAAAUAUUGGGCCACCGAGGCAGGAGGACUUGUUUCUUGCCCAGCCCACCCUCCUCUGACCAGCCCUUCAGAGUCACAGGCAGAGCCGGCUGUGGUGGAUCUCAACCACGUCACACGUGGUCCCCCUCUGGCUUUUGUUUUGUUUUUGGUUUUUUCUUUUUCCUGAAUGGAAAACUGACCUUUGUUUCCCAUCCCUUAAAAGGUCCUUCUCCCAGUCCAUCACGAUACACUUAAUACCACUCAGGAGAUAACUUACACACAGGGCUUUUGUAUUGCAAGCGAAUUUCAGUCCAAAGACGGGCUUAUUAGCAAAACAUCUUGUUUCAAAAAAUCUUAACCAUCUCCCUAAUCCUUGGGCUUCCUUCUUAUAUUUCCAAAAUUAAGCAGUGAUUUAAACAUUUUUUUGUAUCUCCAUUAUCAUAUUUGCAGUUAAACAGGGCUUUUUUUUUUUCUUUUUCCUUUUAAACUGAGCUACUCAGGCCUGCUAUAAAUUAUAAAGUCAGUUUCAGAGUUUGCUCCGACCACAGUGCUGUGUUUACAUUCCUUCCAAGGCAGCCUGCAUGGUCGUAAUUUAUAUCCUAAACACUUGAACGUAACUUGUUUAUACAGAGAAUGACAGGACCUCAACGAUAAAAAAAAAAAAAAAAAAAAAUGCAUCUGUCGGGCUGCCGCAUUAAAAAGGCGAGCACGCCCCCUAGUGGGGGUAAGGAGAACCGCUGCUGGUGAGUCAGAUUUCUAGCACGGUUUCAAAUUAGAACUUAAAAAAAAUUUAAAUGCUUUUCCGACAGAGACAUUUGUAAGUAUCUUACAUUCAGGAAAUAUAAUUUCUGGUUUUAGGAAAAGCUUUUGCUCUUUCCAUGUAAUGACUUGCCCUGAUCCAGAUCAAGAUUCACUGACCUGAACAGACUUCAAAGGUGUUUAAAAAAAUCUGACUGGCCACCUUUGCAAUCAUCGUUUCUAGAGUUCUUUCCAAAUAAGAUAGUUUUUCGUUUCCUUUUGAACCAAAAUUCCUUACAAUAUAAGGGAUUGUCUCCUAACAGAUGGACAAAAACACACCACAUUCAUUUCCCCCUCCCUUUCUUGUUUGUUUGCUUGAGAGACAUGCCAUGCUUGGCUUUAAAUGUUCCUCAGAUUUUAGUGAUUUAUUCUAAAACAAGUGCUACCAUACAUUUAGGAGUGAAAAUAAACGAACUAACUCAAAGGGAGACAAAUGCCUCAAUGUUUUUCUUUUUUUAUCAAACGUAUUUUGAAAGCUUAGAGUUUCUGCUCAUUGGCUUAAACUGUAAAGUGCUAUAUAAAAAGGCAUUUGAUUCUUUUGUGUAAGAAUUAUGUAUAUUGUUUUUUUGUUUUUUAGUUAGGGCUGUAUAAAUAAAGAAGAA